GCGCCCCGCACGCGUUGGAUUGAGAAGAAAGCACACAAGUAGCGCAGAGCCCCUGCGCUUCGACCUUGGGACUUCCCCACAUUCCCGGACCCACCUGACCACGCAGAGCGUCCUACCUUUUUCCGCUCUUCAUUCGCUUCUUCUUCAGGUGAUUAUCCAUAGAAAAGCCUUCAUAUCUAUCUAGAGCAUCCUCCAGCUUCCACGAGUCAGUCAUGACCUCCAGCACAUCCGAGCCAAGUCGCGAUCCUCCGCUCGCGCCAGGACAGAAGGUGGAGCCCGUCAAGCUCAUCAUCGAUACGGACCCUGGCGUGGACGAUAUCCUCUCCUUCAUCCUCGCCCUCUCCCUCCCGCACGUAGACCUGCUCGCCCUCACCCUGACAUUCGGCAACACAACCCUCGACUAUGCGCGCGAUAACGUGCUGCGACUCUUCGGGGUCUUGCGCAAGCAGUAUGAGGCCUCGCCUGAGGGCAGCGCAGAAAGGGAAAGGUGGGGUCGCCUGUUUGGUCCAGAGGCGAGGAACAGGGUCAUUGAUCUAGCCCUUGGUGCUGAGGGACCCUUGGGAGGCAGGCAGCGCUUUACUGCGUCUUACUUCCAUGGGCGUGACGGAUUGAGCUCGGUAGCUUUCCUCAAAGACGACCCCUUCCCGCUGCCCGUACCGCCGCCUAUGACCGGCCGCAGCAGCGAGGUCGAGGGGACGCCUUACGUGCCAGCUCCUCUCCGCCUCUCUUCGAGCGACUCUGCCUCCACUCUGCUCUCGCACCUGCGCAACAAUCCGCCCAACACCAUUCGCAUCGCGGCCAUCGGUCCUCUCACCAAUUUGGCCCUCGCCUGGCAAAAGGAUCCGCAUACGUUCGCUCGCGUUGGGCUCAUCUCCGUCAUGGGUGGUGCCCUCGAUGUACCGGGGAAUACGGCGCCUUGCUCCGAGUUCAACACUUAUGCUGACCCGUGGGCCGCUAAGGUGCUGUUCGAGGAGGCCGUGGGACAUGAGGCGCUCAAGGAGAAGAGAGGACAGAGGUUGCCCAUUGAGCUUCUCCCGCUGGACAUCACGGGGAGGAGCACUGUGCCCUACAAGAGGUUGAUGAGUGGGGGAGACAAGACGCCGUUGAGUCGGUUCAUCACCUCCAUCCUUGCCCAUCCCCGCCAAGUGACAAAUAGCUACGCCCCCUCCGCCUCCUCCUUCGACCCUGCAGUGCACGACCUCUUCCAAGCGCACGACCCGCUUGCCGUGGCCCACGCCUGCUUUGCCUCUCGCUCUCAAGCGGAAGGCUACCACUCUGCACCUUCGCAAGACGCGGUGCCUAACGAGCGCCGCAGCGAGGACGAGGGGCGCGGCUGGUGCUAUCAGGAGCGUCACUUCGCCGUCGAAACGGAGGGGACAUUAACGCGUGGCAUGUGCGUGGUCGAUCGACGUGCUCAUGGAGAAGAGGGGGAGAAGAAGGCGAAAGGAAAGAGCAGGGCAGAAAUUGUUGCCGAAGAGGAAGCCAGGCAGGCCAAUGGCGGCGCCAAGAUCGACGAGAGCGAGAGCGCUACGGGUACGCCCGGACUCGUGAGCGUGGUGACAGAGAGCCCUGCAGAGGGAAAGUGGUUCCCGGACGUGUUCUGCUGGAGCUUGGGGUGCUAGAGGACGCCCGUCGUCCAGCCGUCUUUUGCAUCGACGGACAUCACACUGGAUACGUAGAGUCACAUCGUCGCAUCGCACUGGAAUAGCACCAUAUCGAU